UCUCUCUCUAUAUAAACCAACUAACCUUCACUUCUUUACUUACUACCAAAAAAAAAAAUCUUUCUUCUUCUAUCUCUCUAAAACGAGCUCACUCAAGUGAGUCAGUUCCUUUUUCCACCAUGGAAACAAAAUUCGAAAGCUUCUGGUUUUUAGCUCUAGCUUCAAAAUGCUCAAAUUUCUCUUCCCAAAAUACCCUCCUCAUCUUCUUCUUCACUUUCAUUAUUUGGAUAUCAAUCGCCGUUUUCUACUGGGCCCAUCCCGGCGGCCCAGCUUGGGGUAAAUACCGUUAUAAUUACAAAGCCCAAAAGCCCAUUAAGAAAAUUACUACUACUAUCCCUGGUCCGCGAGGUUUCGCAGUAAUAGGAAGUCUCAAUCUCAUGGCUAACUUAGCUCAUCGCAACCUAGCCGCUGUUGCUGAACGGCUCGGCGCGAAACGGCUCAUGGCUUACAGUAUGGGUGAGACACGUGUCAUCGUUACUUGCAAUCCUGACGUGGCUAAAGAGAUUUUAAACAGCUCGGUUUUCGCCGACCGACCCGUUAAGGAAUCGGCUUACGGUUUAAUGUUUAAUCGGGCUAUCGGGUUUGCCCCGUAUGGAGUUUAUUGGAGGACACUGCGACGAAUCUCGGCCGUACAUCUGUUCAGCCCGAAACAAAUCUCGGCCGCUGAGAAACAGAGGUACGGAAUCGCUUCUCAAAUGGUUGAUGCCAUUUAUAAUAAGAGUUUAAGAAACGACGAGGGAGUUUGUGUCGUUCGUGAUAUAUUUAAACGGGCCUCGCUUCAUAACAUGAUGGGCUCGGUUUUUGGGCGCGAAUAUGAUUUGGGCUCGGCCCAGAAUGAGGAGAGUGAGGAGCUUGGUGGGCUUGUGGAUGAAGGCUAUGAGCUUUUGGGUAAGCUUAAUUGGUCUGACCAUCUUUCUUGGGUUAGUUCGUUUGACUUUCAGAGAAUUCGGGUCAGGUGUUUUGAAUUGGUUCCGAAAGUGAACCGGUUUGUGACCCGAAUUAUUGAUGAGCAUAGAGCCAAUAAUAAAUCAAAUAGAAGUACUUAUGACUUUGUUGAUGUUCUUCUAUCUCUUAAUGGUCAAGAUAAAUUGUCAGACUCUGACAUGAUUGCUGUUCUUUGGGAAAUGAUAUUUAGAGGAACCGAUACAGUGGCAGUUUUAAUAGAGUGGAUACUUGCGAGAAUGGUACUCCACCCUGAUAUUCAAUCAAAGGUACAAGAAGAGCUUGAUCGAGUUGUGGGAAGAUCAAGACCGUUGAAAGAAUCAGAUAUUACAUCAUUGAUUUACUUAUCUGCGGUGAUUAAGGAAGUAUUAAGGCUACACCCACCGGGCCCACUUUUAUCGUGGGCCCGUUUAGCAAUCACAGACACUAUAGUUGAUGGAUUUCACGUGCCUGGUGGGACCACAGCCAUGGUCAACAUGUGGGCCAUAACUAGAGAUCCAGAUGUUUGGUCCGACCCAUUAAAGUUUGACCCAGAUAGAUUUUUGACACGUCAUCAGGAAAAUGACGUGGAUUUCUCAAUAAUGGGUUCAAAUCUAGCACUGGCUCCAUUCGGGUCGGGUCGGAGGACAUGCCCGGGAAAGGCAUUGGGCCUGACAACAGUGACUUUUUGGGUGGGUACACUGCUCCAUGAAUUCAAGUGGACCGGGUCGGAUCUUAACCCGGUGGAUCUUUCUGAAGUGUUGAAACUUUCGUGUGAAAUGGCAAAGCCUUUGGGUGUGAAAGUUUGUGUAAGGAGAAAUUAAUUAACAAUAAUAAUGAAGCCAAAACUUAAGUUAUACUAGGGUGGUCUAGUAAUAAAUAACAAGAGAGAUGAUGACCUAAUAAAAGAGAAACAAAAACUGUAAAUACAGUAUAUAUAUAUAUAUGUAUUUUAUAUAUGAAAUAUAUAUGUAUGUGUGAGAAGUAUACAUACGUAUUAUAAGUACCUAUAGUACGUACUAUAUUAACGUGUGACAAUAAUAUAUUUGGUGAAAUGAGUAGUAAUUUUUCUUC